UUAUUAUGAUUUUGUUUUAGAGUAGCACAAAACUUGUACUGGAAUUUGUAUUGGAUUGACUGCUAGCUGGUCAAAAGAGAGAAGUUAUCAGUAGUUGAAGAAAUUUGAAUAUACUUGCUAGCUAGCUGUAGUAUGUAUUGUAUAUGUGAGGCAUUGGCAAAGACACAUUAGAAACUGCAAUUCUGGGCAAAAUGAGCAAGGAACUAAGCGUCGAGAGGCAGGAGAAGGGGUCGUCGGAUGAUGUUGAGAUGGUCGUUGUUGUUGUUAAAGCAUCUAGAGAAAUUCCAAAGACUGCUUUGGUUUGGGCUUUGACUCAUGUGGUUCAGCCAGGCCAUUGUGUUACAUUGAUUGUUGUUAUCCCUUCACUCAUUUCUGGUAGAAAAUUAUGGGGUCUUACAAGAUUUACUGGAGAUUGCAUUAGUCGCCAUUGGAAGUCUUAUUUAGGGAAAACUGAUAUUGCGGAUUCCUGCUCUCAGAUGAUCCUUCAGCUGCAUAACAUGUAUGAUCCUGAUAAGAUAAAUGUGAAGAUAAAAACGGUAUCUGGAUCACCAUAUGGAGCAGUGGCUGCAGAGGCCAAGCAAAUUCAAGCUACUUGGGUGGUAUUGGACAAGAAGCUGAAACAUGAACAAAAAAAAUGUAUGGAAGAGUUGCAAUGCAACAUUGUGACAAUGAAGAAGUCACGACCAAAAAUUAUUCGUCUUAAUUUAGCUAGAUCCCCUAAGACAGGAUCCGAAGUACUAGACAAUCAGUUGGCUCUCAUGGCAAAGCAAUCAUCUGAAAAGCUACAAAAAAAUAAGAGUUCAAGUAUAUGUUCUGCUCCACGACUCACAACUCCAGUUAGUAGCCCUGAGGCUUUAACGGCAACUGAAGCAGGCACUUCAUCAGUUUCAAGUUCUGAUCCUGGAACCUCACCAUUUUUUAUGCCUAUAACCCGUAAUUCUGUAAAAGAUGAAUCAUUAGCCCGCAAGGAGAAUAUAGAUUUCAAUGAGUUGAGUUCAGACUCUGAAAGUGAACGCCUUUCGUCAUCCUUCUCUAGCUUAAGGUUUCAACCAUGGAUGGCUGAUAUUUUAACUUCAAACUGUCAAUCGUCUCAACUUGACAGAGAUACCGAAUAUGGGAUGCCAAGUCAAAGAACAGACAUAGACUUUAGGGGUGAUCUUAGAGAUGCAAUAUCUUUGCCACGAAACACACCUUCAGGCAGAAAUACCCCUUCAGGCCCACCUCCAUUGUGCUCGAUAUGUCAGCACAAGGCACCUAUAUUUGGAAAGCCACCCAGAUGGUUUACCUAUGCAGAACUAGAAAUUGCUACUAGAGGUUUUUCUCAAGAUAAUUUCUUGGCUGAAGGGGGCUUUGGGUCUGUACACAGAGGGGUACUUCCAGAUGGACAAGCGGUUGCUGUUAAGCAACACAAACUAGCAAGUUCUCAAGGGGAUAACGAAUUCUGCUCAGAAGUCGAAGUACUGAGCUGUGCACAGCAUCGCAAUGUUGUUAUGUUGAUUGGAUUCUGUAUGGAGGACCGAAGGAGGCUGCUAGUCUAUGAGUAUGUAUGCAAUGGCUCACUGGAUUCUCAUCUUUAUGGACGUGAUCAAGAUCCAUUAGAGUGGUCAGCACGCCAAAAGAUUGCUCUUGGAGCUGCUCGCGGCUUGAGAUAUCUUCAUGAAGAAUGCAGAGUAGGUUGUAUUGUGCAUCGUGAUAUGCGGCCAAAUAACAUUUUAAUAACCCAUGAUUUCGUACCUCUGGUUGGAGACUUUGGGCUAGCAAGAUGGCAGCCUGAUGGAGAUACAGAAGAAGAAACAAAAGUAAUUGGAACAUUUGGAUACCUAGCUCCAGAGUAUGCACAGAGUGGGCAGAUCACUGAAAAAGCUGAUGUAUAUUCAUUUGGGGUAGUAUUGGUGGAACUUAUUACAGGAAGAAAAGCGGUUGAUCUUAAGCGUCCCAAGGGCCAACAAUGUCUUGCGGAAUGGGCACGGCCGUUAUUAGAAGAAGGUACAAUUAAUGAGUUAAUCGACCCUCGCCUUGGAAACUGUUAUUCAGCUCAUGAGGUUUAUUGCAUGAUGCAAGCUGCUGCUCUGUGCAUUAAAAGGGAUCCUCAUUUACGACCUCGCAUGUCCAAGGUAUUACGGAUGCUAGAGGGCGACAUGAUGAAGGGAUCCAGUCAUGUGUCAACACCUGGUUAUGAUGUCGGCAACCGAAGUGGUAGGCUUUUGAUGGAUCAACAUAGAUACAUAACGGGCCGACUGAAUGGAACAUUAAAAGGAUUAAGUGACAAGCUCUCACUUAACCAGACAAGAGAUUGCUACUGGGAAAGUGAUAAGGCAAGAAUAAUAGGUCAAGACUCAUAUCGAUAUUAGAGGCAUGGCGUGUGUUAGAUAUCAUCUUAAAUUGAUAUUAAUUGUAAAGUAGUAGUAAUUAAGCAUUAACAGUUAUAUUUUGGUAGUUCGUUCAUAUAAGUUGAUUGAGGGCAUGUUAGAUAGUAGAAUAUAGUCAUCUUAAGAUGAACAGCAAGAAAUUAAAUUAUUAGUAUUACUAAAAGGGUUGAUUUUUUCAUAUUA